AUGUCAUCGUUAACAUCACAGAUAAAUAUUGCAGAGGAAAGUAGUAGUAGUAGCAGUACAGGCAAUAACACUAAUACAAUAGCCCUCAUUCCAAAUAGUGCUAGUGUGAUAACAACAGCUCCAUUUCAACGUACAAUGAUAAAACGGAGUCAAGCAAUUCCGAAUAUACAAGAUAUGGAUGAAAAUAGUCCAGUCACAUUUGAAAUAGAAUUAGAACAUCAUAGGAAAAAACAAAUGAAUAAUGAACUCCAGAAUCGCACAAUUUGUCCUGAUGAUGAAUCGGAUAAUCGAUCAGAAAGCAGUGAAAAACUACCAGAAUAUAUUGAAGAAGAAAAACCAGUUGUCUCUGGAAUUAAUGUUAAAGCAGCUACAAUUAAUCGAUUAUUAAGGAUAUUAAUCGACUCAUUUAAUCCAAAUGGUUCAACGGUAGACGAUAGUGAAUUUCCAAAAGUUUUCUUCUUGAUGCACAAAUGGAUCAUGGAAUCGGAACAAUUAGGAAAUAUGCUGUACGAUCUGUAUAAGAAUUAUGGUGAUGAAUGUAAAAAAUCAACGGGUUCAUUCGAAAAACGACAAUGUAAAGAUUAUCAAUUGAGGAUAUGUCAUUCGUACAGGUAUUGGAUAAAAAAUUUUCCAUUUCAUUUCGAUCUUGAUCGACAUUUGAAAGAAACAGCUGAAAAAAUGAAAAUAUUAAUACAAUCAACAGGAAAUUCAGAAUGUAUAAAACUCGUCGAUAUUUCACAAAUACCAUCAUUUGAAUGGAUGCGUAAAAUGACAGUGCGAAAUCAACCAAAAACCAGUAAAAUUGUAUCACUUGGUUUUAAUAAUAUUGAAUCUCAAACAUUAGCAGCACAAUUAACAUAUCUUGAAUGGAAAACUCUAAGAAGAAUUACUUUUACUGAUUAUAAGAUGUAUGCUAUGAAAGCGACAUUACAAGAUAAUCCAAAACUCGAGCGAUCAAUACAAUUUUUUAAUGGUUUAUCAACAUGGAUUAUGUGUAUGGUAUUGUCUAAAACAACUGCGAAACAACGGGCUGAAAUCAUACAUAAAUUUUUGGAUGUAGCCAAGUAUUUAAAAGAAUUGCAAAAUUUUAACACAUUUAUGGCUGUUAUUGGAGGUAUAAGUCAUAGUUCACUUGCACGUCUUUCAAAAACAAUGGUCUGUUUAUCACAAGAAGAUCAUAAACUGUUAAGCGAAAUGACAGAAUUACUUGCGUCGAAUUGCAAUUAUGCACAAUAUCGAAAAGCACUUAGUGAAUGCGAUGGAUUUAAAAUUCCAAUUAUCGGUGUUCAUUUAAAAGAUAUUAUAUCAUUACAUGUUGCACUAGCUGAUAAACUCGAAUAUGAUUUAAUUAAUUUUCGUAAAAUUGCACAAUUAAGUUUAGUAUUUAAAACAUUAACAAAUUUACAAACAACAAGUCCACCCGUCGUACCGAAUCAUGAUUUAAUCAAUCUUUUAACGCUUUCGCUUGAUUUAAGUUAUACAGAAGAUGAAAUCUAUGAAUUAUCAUUAGCUAGAGAACCACGAUCAUCUGUUUCAUCGCCAACGACACCAACAAAAUGUCCCGUUUUUGCUGAUUGGGCAGCUGGCGUCUCUAGUCCACUAGAUAUUCAAACAAUUCAAAAACACGUUAAUGCGAUGGUCGAAGCGGUAUUUACAAAUUAUGAUCAUGAUCGAGAUGGUUAUAUAUCACAUACAGAAUUCGAUGAAAUUGCACAAAAUUUUCCGUUCAUCGACACAUUCACUGUUCUUGAUGCCGAUCAAGAUGGAAUGAUUUCCAAGGGAGAAAUGCGUAGUUAUUUUUUGCGAGCAAAAUAUCACGAUUUAAAAGGAGAAUUCAAACAUGAUUUUCAUGAGACAACUUAUUUUAAACCAACAUUUUGUACACAUUGUACUGGUCUGCUAUGGGGCUUGAUAAAACAAGGAUGGAAAUGUAAAGAUUGCGGUAUCAAUGCUCAUCGCCAUUGUAAAGACAUGGUAGUAAUGGAAUGUCGUCCAAAACGAACACAAUCUGUUCAUAAACAAGGAUCGGUCUCUGAUUCUCGUCCAAGUCGUAGUUCGUUUAGAAUACGUAAAACACGUAAACAAAAAGCAACACAAACCGAUGAUCUCGAUUUUUCGUCAUCAUCAGAAACAUCCGAGAGCUGUACGACAAGUAGCGAUGAAGAACAACAACAACCAGCAGAGAAAAUGCCAUCAUCUAGUCAUUACUGGCAUUUAAGAAAGCCAACAUCAUUCAAACGUCGUAAACAACUAUUGUCAGAUAGUAACGAAGAAUAUUACUACACUCAUCCAACAUCUCCAUUACAACCACAACCAUCAGCAUCAGCAUCCCAACAGUUAAUUCCACGUGGACCUCUAAUAUGUUCUGAUAGUUUUGAUAAAUGGAGUGAUUCACGAUUCCCCUUUAGACAACAGCAACAAACAUCACUAGCAACAUCCACUGUGUCAACAUCGACCACAGCAUCAGAUUCCAUUACAAUAAGCACAAUGACAACAACAACAGGAUCAAUUAAAAAUGAGCAGGAAGAAGAAGAGGAGCUUGUAGGCGAAAUAGAAGAAGAACAAAAGGAAAGUGACGACGAAUGUAGAACGAAAAGAAAAACAUCAAGAACUUCGUGUAGAAAUGUAGCGUUGUUGACAUCACCGCAAUUCGAUACAAACGAAAGUAUAACUAAAAAUACGUUUUGUACAAAUAAAUCGAUGAAUUAUGGUAGUAGUCAAGAUGUAUUUAGAAAAUUAAAUUUAACCGAUUCGUUACACUCCUUACCAACAACAUCGACUGACUCAACAACACAACAAGAAAUAUUUGAACGUUUAAGACAUGCUGAAGAAGAAAAGAAACGUUUAGAAGUAGAAAAUGCCGCAAUGAAACAAGAACUUGUCCGAACAAAAUCUAAAAUUAGUUCACUAAAACGAGAAAUGAGCUCGAUACAACAGUUACAUUUACAACAGCAACAGCAUGUACAACAGCAAACUCCAACAUCAUCUCAGCAUGAAAAUGAUCAAACAGACGUACUGAUCAUCGAUAAAAACAAUCCAUCAUACAUAUCACAACAACAACAACUACAAGCUGCGAAAGAGUCUCUAUGUACUCUUCAGAUAAAAAAGCACACCGAUAUAUCUAGCGCAUUAACAAAAACGUCCACACAAAAAUCAUCGAUACCAAGUAAGGAAAGUAAUGAAACGUCGCUAUCUAACGAACAAAGAUCAUCUCCGAUUGAAUCAGAACAAUCACAAACGACUACUAUUUCCAAUUUAAAAUCCGUACAAUCUCCACAAGAACAACAAUCACAUUAUUAUUAUAGUUAUCCAAGUGCUUCGGCAACCAUAACACCGUUUUUUUCGAUAACACAAUCAUCUCGUUCAAGCAUUUCUUAUCUUCCUACACCAGCACCAGAGCAACAGUACAUAGUGCCUUCACUAUCAUCGUCGCCCUUGUCUACAAACGAUUCUGCACGUUCUCUUGCUUCAGUUACACUUGCAAGUGACGAGCAACAUAUUGUCUCAAGCGACGAUAAUACUGAUAUCACUAACGAUAAUCAACAAACAGAACAAUUAAGAUUAUAUUUAACCGAAACAUUACAACGAGAAAAAGAUAGCGCAGUUUAG